GGGGGUAACCUUUGCCUCAGUUAAACGUUGAAACCUCAAGGCUCCGCCCUUCUGCCACCUGUUAGCCAAUGAAAGGCGGGAGCCGGGUGGCUCGCGGCCAAUAGGCGCGGGGGAAGGAAGCCGAAAGGGGCGCGGCCUGUGCGCGGGGGCCGCCGCGGCGGUGGUGGUGAUGCUGCCGCUUUCGGUUGUUGCCGGUUUCUGAGGGGGGGGGCGGGCUGGACGGGUCCGGCGGACAAGAUGGAGGACGGCGGCGAGGGAGGCGGCCCGGCGCUCCGGCUCGGCAUGAGCUUGGCAGAGAUCGCCGAGUCCCUGGGCUCCUCGGAGCAGGCGCUGCGCCUCAUCCUGUCCAUCUUGAUGGGCUACCCCUUUGCCUUGUUCCAGCGUUGUUUUCUUUUCCAGAAGGAGAUCUACCUCAUUCACCUAUACGACACAUUAACGGGGGUCUUACUUGCCUACUUCAACUUCGGGCCACAGUGCUGCCACUCCUUCAUAUGUGUCUUCAUUCAGUUUCUCAUACUGAGGCUCAUGGGCCGCACAGUCACUGCCGUUGCCACGACCUUUAUCUUUCAGAUGGUAUAUCUGAUGGCUGGCUACUACUUCACUGCCACAGAGCAGUAUGACAUCAAAUGGACCAUGCCGCACUGUGUCUUGACUCUCAAACUGAUUGGUUUGGCCUUAGAUUACUAUGAUGGCAGGAAGGAAGUGGAGGCCCUCACCCCGGAACAACAGCGGUUUGCCAUACGGGGAGUUCCUACGUUAUUGGAGGUCUACGGCUUCUCCUUUUUUUAUGGUGCCUUCAUGGUGGGGCCUCAGUUCUCAAUGUCACAAUAUCAGAAGCUGGUAAAGGGCGAGUUGACGGAUGUCCCGGGCCAAAGACCCAACAGCUUUGUACCUGCCCUUCAGCGCCUGGUUCUGGGUCUCUUCUUCUUGGUAGUCUACACUGUACUAGCUCCAUAUAUCUCUGAUGAUUACCUCGUCUCUGAUGCUUACUUGGAGCAGCCGUUCUGGCACCGCUGCCUUUAUAUCUUGGUCUGGGGCAAGGUGAUCCUCUACAAGUAUGUUACCUGCUGGCUGGUCACAGAAGGAGUUUGCAUCCUCACUGGCCUUGGAUACAACGGGAAGGACGACAAGGGGCGCCCCAAAUGGGAUGCUUGCGCCAACAUGAAAAUCUGGUUGUUUGAGACCACACCUUUCUUCACAGGGACCAUUGCCUCCUUCAACACCAACACGAACGCCUGGGUAGCCCGCUACAUCUACAAGCGACUGAAGUUCCUGGGAAACAAGUUACUCUCACAAGCCAUAUCUCUGCUUUUCCUGGCCAUCUGGCACGGGCUGCACUGUGGCUACUUGGUGUGCUUCCAAAUGGAGUUCCUGAUUGUCAUUGUUGAAAGACAGGUUAUCAGUCUAGUACGAGACAGUCCAGUGCUGAGUAAGUUGUCUUCAAUCACCAUCCUGCGGCCUCUCUACUAUUUUGUUCAGCAGUUUAUCCACUGGAUGUUCAUGGGAUAUUCUCUGGUGCCAUUUUGCCUUUUCACUUGGGAAAAGUGGAUCCAGGUAUACCAGUCUGUUUAUUUCUUAGGCCAUGUGUUGUUUUUCACGCUACUGUUUGCAUUGCCUUUCUUCCGAAAAGCACUUGUGCCACGGAAAGAGAAGCUAAAGAAAGCUGAGUAACAACCAAAAAAUUGUACUGCGUGUGCAUUUGUCGUGGGGAUUCCAGAAGCAUCAGCUGCCAAACUUGCUGCGUCCAAGCCUUGCCUGAGUGACAGAGGGAGGAAGAGAGCACAGGGGCUGCGGCCCCAGAAGGAGGGGGAAACGGGCUGCAGAUUCCCCCACCCCCUCUUACAUGUUGCCUUAUCUCUUGACUUCUCCCCCCCCCACCCCCCAUGGACACUCCAGUUUUUGGGAAAUGAUUGUAAAGCACUUGACGCAGCUGCCAUCUGGGAACAGAGCCACCGCUUGACUUUUUCUACCUUCCAGUUCUGCUAGAUAAAAAUCGGUCCCAGUUGGUUUUUCA